ACUGUAAUUGCUUUGGGAUAAACGACGGUCAGUUUCUGGAUUAUUUUUGCCUAUAAAUACCCAAAAUAAAUCUGAAGCUCAAAGCCCAAUUCUGUUAUCCGACAAAUUCUUAAUCCAUUGUGGAUAUGGCACAAGAAUUGAUCCCCGGAUUACCCGAAGAAAUCGCCCUCGACUGCUUAAUUCGCUCCCAUUUCACUACUCAUCGGAUCGCCGCCCGAGUUUGCCGUCGGUGGCGAGGCUUAUUCCUCAGCCGCGAUUUCCAUAAUCUCAGGAGAAUUUCCGACCGGACCCACAAGGCCGUGUUCGCAGUUCAGUCACUUCUGGUGCCGGCUGGCGAUGGAGAUAAAUCCACUGCUCCGCUCGCGUUCGGUUUGUCGGCCUUCGAUCCGGCUACUGGGAAGUGGACCUGGAUCAAACCAAUCGAAAAAUACUCAAAUGGACUACCGCUUUUCUGCCGGCUGAUAGGUGUCGACGGGAAACUGGUGGUGAUCGGCGGGUGGGAUCCGGCGAGUUACCGGCCUGUGGAGGAUGUGUUCGUGUACGACAUGGCGGCGGAGAAGUGGAGGCAAGGGAAGGGGAUGCCGGCGACGAGGUCGUUUUUUAGCGCGGUGGAAUGCGGCGGCGAAAUAUUUGUCGCCGGCGGGCACGAUGAGUGGAAGAACGCAGCGUCGACGGCGUGGGCUUACAACAUUAAGAAUGACGAGUGGAGGGAGUUGCCAGCGAUGAGUUGCGGAAGAGAUGAGUGCGAGGCGGUGGCGAUUGGAUCGGAUAUAUGGGUAGUGAGCGGAUAUAGGACUGAAAAUCAAGGGAAUUUCGAAGCAACAGCCGAGAUAUUCGACACAGAGACGGAGAAGUGGCGGCGCGUGGAUAGUGCGUGGAGGGAGGAGAGAAGUCCAAGAGGGGUGGUAGGAGUGAGCAGAGAAGGGGGAUUGUUCAGCUGGGCGGCGGCGGUAGCAGCGACGACGGCAGUGACGGCGGAGGAAGUAGUCGGAGUGAAUAUGGAGGGUAAAGCAAUGGUGUUCGUGGGGAGACAUGGAAUUUUUACGAGGGAAGGGCAAAAUAGUAAAUUUGAGAGAAUGGAAGUGCCAGAGGACUUUACGGGGUUUGUCCAAUCGGCUUGUUACACGGAGAUUUAAACCAUCUGGUGGCUUCUGUAAA